AUGGACGCAUCGGAGGAGACCAAUAAGAGAGAAUUGGAGAAGACUGAUUCAAGCAAUGCUUCAGUUGAAAACGGAGGAACAUCUUCGCAAGCGAAGCGCCCUAAAACUAUUUCUGAAGAUAAACAAGAUCCGAACCAUGGGAAUGAAUUGCCAGUCCAUGAAGUUGUAGGAGGAUCUUCAGUGAGACAAUAUUUGAAUAAGCAUCUAACACAACAUCUAUUAGAGGCAUUACGUGAUGUUAGUAAGAAUAAGCCAGAAGAUCCUUUGAAAUAUCUUGGUGAAUUUUUGAUCCAGAGAUCGAACCAAAUUGCCAACGGAGAAGCUACUAGUCGUAGCAUUCCUCCAAAUAGUGACGGAGCACCAAAAUCUGAUACUGGGGAUGAUACAGCAGUGAAAUCAGAGCAAGAUAAUUAA